AUGUCACAUGUACAAGUGCUCACAUUGCUGCUACUGACUCUUCAGUCGUGCGAUUCUCAGGGGAGGCUGCCAUUUCUCUCUCCGUUCUUCUUCCUAUGUAACUAUCAUCGUCAACAGGAAGCGGUAGGACCUGAGCAAGGAGAGGUUGCCAUAAGUGUUUCCAUCGAAGGCAACCCACAGUUUUAUACACCAGGGCAGUUGUAUGGAGUGUAUAUCAGAUCUAGCUCUGACUUCGAUGGCUUUCUCCUCACUGGAUUAUACACGACAGCGUCCGCUGGACAGGUGUCGCCACUGACUUCUCCUAUGGCGGCCAUUAGUGGAAGUGGGGGGCCUCACCAAGGGGUGAACUACAUGUGCUCUAUGAUACAUUCGCAUCUCAGUCGCAUGCCUCAGCAAAAUUUGUCAUUCAUGUGGAUGGCCCCACCCAAAGGAACGGGCUGUGUCAGCUUUUUGGCCACUGCCUCACUAGGCCAGCAAGUGCUAUUUAAGGACAUCACAGCCUUUCAACUGUGUGAGAGAGGAGAUGUCCAGUCAAAGCCCCCUCGUCCAAAACUAACCACUGUCCACUCUGACGGUAUGGUUUUGAGAGAAGAUUUUGAAAGUGGACAAGAGUUUGAUAGCGUAGUGUGGUCUUCAACAAUUGGAGGAGAGCUCAGUGACAAAUGUGGGAUCGUGAUGUACGGAAAUUCGGCCGUCUUCUGCCACACAGAUGGAGACAGGGUCAUGGUCACUAAUCCAUUGAAUACCACCACUGCAGUCGCUCUUCAGUUUGCUUUGACACCAGGAAGUUGUCGGCCAUCAGUUGAAGAUGAACCAAUCAAUAUCUACUACGCCAGCAAUGACAAUUGCUCUGAUUGGACAAAAAUUGACAAGAUAAGGGCCACUGCCUCACUAGGCCAGCAAGUGCUAUUUAAGGACAUCACAGCCUUUCAACUGUGUGAGAGAGGAGAUGUCCAAUCAAAGCCCCCUCGUCCAAAACUAACCACCAUCCACUCUGAUGGUAUGGUUUUGAGAGAAGAUUUUGAAAGUGGACAAGAGUUUGAUAGCGUAGUGUGGUCUUCAACAAUUGGAGGAGAGCUCAGUGACAAAUGUGGGAUCGUGAUGUACAGGAAUUCAGCUGUCUUCUGCCACACAGAUGGAGACAGGGUCAUGGUCACUAAUCCACUGAACACCACCACCGCAGUAGCUCUUCAGUUUGCUUUGACACCAGGAAGUUGUCGGCCAUCAGUUGAAGAUGAACCAAUCAAUAUCUAUUUCGCUAGCAAUGACAACUGCUCUGAUUGGACAAAAAUUGACAAGAUAAGAGCACCAGAUCUCCCGUACACUGUGACCCAUAUCAUACACCUUCCCACAAGUGCUCAAAAACAUGGCGUCUGCUUCAAAUGGCAGCAGGCGAGGUCUGAGUUCACAGACAGUUUUGGUGGCUGCUGGGCAAUGGAUAAUGUUUUGAUCAGCAACACAGCUCUCACCCCCACCUUGCUGCAGGAAGACUUUGAUCCUAUAGAUCCCAGUUUGUGGUUGUUUUUCCCAGGGUCUAUGAUUAAAAUGGGGUGUAAGUCAGAUGGCAGUGCCAUGAUAUUUGGUAAUGAGGCUGGAGAGAACAUGGCCACAACACGAGACAUGGACCUGUCUGCUGCAGCUAUCUCAGACAUUAUCCUGGAGCAGACAUUUGAGGAUAGUUAUCUGACAGGUUGGCACAAAGAAGGAAGUUUUGCUGGCCAUGAGUGUGGAGUGAUACACGAAGGGAAGGCUAUGGUGUUUGCACAUGCAGGACCACGUAAUUUAUGCACUCCCUAUCAGGAUAUGACUGCAGUGGGGAGCGUGCGCUUUUAUUUUGCCAUGGGUACAGAGCCUUGUUCUUUUGGUAACUUUACAGAUGGUCUAGAGGUUCUUGUGUACUCUGAGGACAAGAGAGGUCACACUCGGACACUGGACAUAUUGCCACCUCAGAAGUUCAGGAAACCAAAGUUAGUCUCGCUUCCUCUGGACCUGAAGUCUAAAAAGAUGAAAUCUCGAAUCUGCUGGAUCCAGAAGAAGCAUGGAGGCCUGAACAACCAUAUUUGGAGCAUUGACAGUAUCCAGCUUCUGCCCCGUCUUCCCAGCAUGCCCUCUCACUAUGUGCAGUUUGGUCUGAACAUGAACUGUGGCACAAAAAGUGAUGGAAGAGUGAAGCUGGAGUUCUCCACAGAUCGGGGAGACAACUGGUACCUAGUCCAUCAGCCAUGUUUGCCUGGAAGAUGUCCUGGACAGCAUCACACAAUGUCUUCUGUCUUCAAACCAUUCGAGAUUAGCGGAUGGCAGCGUGUCACUGUGCCUUUGCCCUAUGCAGCUCUCACAUCCACCACCAGAUUGCGCUGGCGACAGGUUGGAGGGUCGGGUCAAGUUCACUGGGGGAUAGAUACAGGUAACUAUCAUGUGGAGACCUGA